GGUGGCAUUGGUGGAAGACGAGGCAGCCUGAGUGGCGGCAUUGGUAGUGGUGGAUCGGGUGGUUAUGGCAUUAGCAGAACAGGAGGCAGUGGGGGCAGUUUGACAGGUGGAGGAAGCACAAGAUACAGCAGCAGUCGCCGAAUCAGUGGCAGUCGCCGAUACAGUGGCAGUGGUGGAUACAGUGGAGGAUACGGUAGCGGUGGAUACAGUGGAGGAUAUGGUAGCGGUGGAUACAGUGGAGGAUACGGAAGUGGUGGAUACAGUGGAGGAUACGGCAGCGGUGGAUAUGGUAGUGGUGGAUACGGUAGUGGUGGAUACAGUGGAGGAUACAGUAGCGGUGGAUACAGUGGAGGAUAUGGUAGUGGAGGAUAUGGCAGUGGUGGAUACAGUGGUGGUGGAUACGGUGGCAGAAGGAUCCGAUACUCUAUUGGCCGCUGUUAUGGAGGAAACAGUGGAUAUGGUGGAUAUGGCUAUGGUGGCUCCUACGGUGGAGCCUUAGCACUGAUGCCAAGCACCGCCUGCUACCCCUGUAACUGA